AUGGCGAUCUUUGAGAGAUUCGGAGCUGGGUUGGCUCUUCUGUUGUUAUUCGGGGCGAUAUCGGCCUCCGACAACGUUAGGUUACCGUCGACGGCCGUGUGUCCAGUAGCUACCGUCAAAGAUUCAAUUUUGGCGACCCGGAAGGAUGAAUGCCCUGUUGAUUGGAUCGGAAAUUUGCAGGCUAAUGGAGUAAUUGAGGGAGAUGAGGCCUCAUUGCAGAGGGCACUGAACAUGGUUUAUGGGAAUAAACAUGAUUAUGUUGCUCUGCUUUUCUAUGCGUCCUGGUGUCCAUUCUCUGCAAGCUUUACACCGUCCUUUUCCAUCCUAGCUUCCUUGUUUCCCUCUGUCCCUCACUUUGCUAUUGAAGAAUCGGCUGUCAAGCCAAGCACUCUAUCAAAGUAUGGAGUUCACGGUUUUCCAACAGUAUUCCUGUUAAACUCCACCAUUCGAGUGCGAUAUCAUGGCUCCCGAUCACUUGAUUCUCUGGUGACUUUCUACAAUGAUGUUACUGGCAUUGAGACAGCACCGACAAGUGGGAUAUCUCUGGAUAAGAUGGGGUGCUUAUCAGAUCAAUGGAAAUCCAACAGCAGCGAUCCUGAAAGCUGCCCGUUUCCAUGGGCUAGAUCUCCUGAAAAUUUGCUUGGGCAAGAAACUUAUUUGGCUUUGGCCACCGCAUUUGUGCUUGUGCGGUUGCUUUAUCUCUUCUUCCCAUCUCUACGUAGAUAUGGUCAAUUAGCUUGGAGAAGGUAUAUCACGAAUAUGAGGCUGAGGAACUUGUGGGAACAUCCUCUGAUCUAUCUCAAUCGAGCGAAGCAGGUAUUUAAUUCCUUGAAGGAGCCAUGCAAGAGAAGUAAUCUGCAGGAAGGAGCUAUGAAUGCAAAGGCCUGGGCGUCAAAGUCUUUAGCUUCGGUUUCCUUUGGUGAUGGAAGCAGCAGCAGGGUUGUACCAAUUAGUUGA